AUGUCUCUGCUCCACAAUGAAGACUUCACUAUCUGGCAAUUACGCUCGACCUACCUCUCAACGAUCAAAGAUGGGAUCGGAGAUCGCCUGAUAAAUGUUAACAACUCCGUCCUCAAUACUCCAGGGUUCCGCGCCGCGGGCUGGUCCAGUGCAUCGACAAACUCCCACGUGAAACGCACCCACUCCCCUCCGAUCCCCACCACAGCAGCCGUCUCCUCGGAAUACUAUCGAUUAGCCGUACGAGAUGCGAAUGCAGCGAGGAAUGAACUCCACGGUCUCGGCCUGGAAGACGGCGAGGAUGACGAGGGUGGUAUGGUGACUGGCAAAAGUCAUGUAGAGAUUACAGGGCGACGAAAUCACGGGCGAACUGGGAAGAAGAAGGGGAGGCGAGAUCGCCAUCCGGAGGUUCAGCGCCAGGUUGAGGAGGAUGAGGAUAGCAGCGAUUUGAGUGAUGAUAGCGACGAAGAAGGGGAGAACAUGCAAAGUCCUGUCGACCAGAUCAAGUUCUCCAAGGUGCCCGUGCGCCGAGACCGAGCUGAUUCCUCGCCCAUCCGCUCAACUGAACCGCGUGAACGACCGGAAGUUAUGAUAACGUCACCAUCGACUCAAAAUGUGACGGGCCAUUAUCGGACAGGAUCGCUCGGCACGACAAUGCCGACUCAAGAGCAAAGGCCAAGACGAGACACUACCACAAGCAGUGAUUUGUCUACAGACAACGAGAUCGAAACGCACGGGUUUAGGCCAGGACAGGUUCAAUUCUCCACCACAGAUCAAGUGGUGGAGCGACCUCGAAGGCGACGUGAGAGAACAGGCAGUCGAGGAGCUGAUAGUAUCAUGCUGGAAGACUUGCAUGAGGAAGACGAAGACUCGGGCGCCGAGUCCGUUGGCUCUGCACUCUCCUCCGAAUUCGACGCCACGGCCGGUUCUGGUUCGCUACUGUUAACAGGGGUUGGCAUGACUGGUCCCUUGGAUUCAUCCUCACCAAUGGCCUUAAUGCACAAACUCCCCAGUGGAACCGGACCGAGUUCCAAUGCUUCACCACGAAAGUCCAAAACUCCUGGCCCAGAUUUCCAAGAUCUCCCACCCCCAAGGCCUAUCAGUAUAGUCCAGCCUGUCAGCUUGUUGACAAAACAACUCAAGUCCCGUAAACGGGCACCGAGUAACCCAGUUGAGAAAUUCAUGGUUCUCAAUGGGCGAGGUCUGGAUGAUCCACUCUAUCUGAAGAUCUACGUUCCCUUUUCAUCUAAUCCCGAUGAGCCGAUGGACUUACCAGUCAUACGUGAAUCUAAGCUUAGUUCGCAUCCUGCUCCGAUCACAGUGGCGGAAACGAUUGGUCUUGCUCUUUGGAGAUACUCUGAAGACUCGCGCCAGCCAUCCAUCGACCGCAAAAAGUUAAUUGUGAAUCGAUGGGCUCUUCGCAUGGUUGACGAUGGCGAGGUUGAGUAUGACUUCCCGGCGCUCACGCGAAAUCUUCCUAUGACGGACUUCACUUCAAACAACAACCAAGCAGCGAAGGCGCGAGGGCGCUCACGAGGGAAACCAUAUGACGAGUUUGCCUUGGUAGAGGCCUCUAAGGCUGAGUUUGAAGAGAACGAACGAUCAUACCCACAGUACAGCCAGGUCAUCGAGCCUGACGAAGGCGAGGAAAAGCCAACCCUUGCUGCUCAAGCAGCUCUCCUCGUUCAGGCUGCUGCAUCAAACAGGACGAACGUGGGCCGCGUGAAUCCCAUCUUGGGCCAGCCAUUCUCAUCUGCCCUGAAUGACAACACAUUGACCCCGGCAGAUCGACCCGUUGUCCCAGUUUCUCAUGCCAUUCCUCGACAUGGUGUCUCGAAGACUCUGAAAAUCCGCUACAUCAAUCUGGAAGCUUCUGCCCAUGUCAUGACCCUGAACACGUCAUCUGACAGCUACAUAGCAGAGAUUCUGGACUCUGUGUGCAAACGCUGGGGCCUGGACAAGGGGAAUUAUCUUCUCAAGGUCAUGGGGUCGAAUACCAUGGCGCCAUUGGACCGUACAGUCGAGGCGCUAGGGAACAUCACAGAGCUUGACCUUGUCCGUCGUCGGUUCGGCGUGGGCCCUCUUGCCAUGGGUGGAUCGCCAGGCAGCUCGUCGCCGAAUGCGCCCGUGAUGGUAGACAGCAACAACCCGACAGCGGUUAAGAAGGGAAAGAAGAGUAACUUGCCUUCAUCCUCACAGAAACAAGAUCUCAUCGGCGGAUACUAUCGCCGUUACCAUGUCUUCCGCAAACAACCCAUGUCAUUCACCGCCACGAACCAUCGCAUCCUUACCUUUGACAACGAUUACAUGCACAUCAUGCCUGGUGACACCGGAAAGACAGCCUCCAAUGCCAAGACACGCUCGAUCAAUUUCAAUGAAGUGGUUGGCUCCAAAGUCAGUCGGCGCCACCCGAAGAGUUUCCGAGUCGUCGUUUUACGAGGUAACGAUGCUACGGAACAGAAGCGGUACGACUUUGAAGCGCGUAACGCGUUGGAGGCUAUUGAGAUUGUUGAUGAGAUUAAGAAGAACAUGGUGCAAUACCGCACUUGA